UCAGUGACCAAAGGCCAAAAAUUAAAAGAAUUUAAAGGAAAUUAUGUACAAUAUUAAAGUAAAUAAAAUCACAAAAAAGAAAAAAUAGUUGAAAAAAUAAGGGUAAAAAGAAAAAAAAUUCAUUUCUAAAUGAAAUGUUAUAAAUUUGAAUGGAAAAAUCAACAAAAAGGACGACAACAAUCUAAAACUUCUUUUAAAAAAUUCUUCACAUAACAGUAAAUGUAAAAGAAAACGAGAAAAAAAAAAUCAUAGAAUUCAAUUUUAUUACUGAUUAUUUUUUUAUUUUUAAUUCAAUUAUUUUUAUAUUUUUUUUUUUGAAUUGAAAAAAAUCAAAAAUUAAAUAACAAAAUAGGAAAUUCUAAUUUUUAAAUGUUAUUUUUUAAUAAUAUGGGUAGAAAUAUUAGUUUUGGUGGUGGUGGUGGUCGUAAUAAUUUUAAAUGCAAUUUUGGUACAAAAAUUGUCCAAUUUUGUUUUGGUAUUUAUGCAAUUUUUAUUUCAAUAUGCGUUUCAGCUCAAGGACAUAACCAAGGUAUUGAAUUUGAACCGGAUUUUCUGUCAACAUUAGAUAAUCUGACUGUAACACAGGGUCGGGAUAUUUCAUUUACUUGUGUUGUUAACAAUUUAGGACAAUAUCGUGUUGCAUGGAUUAAAUCGGAUUCAAAAGCAAUUUUAGGUAUUCAUACACAUAUGGUAUCAUUAAAUCCACGAUUAUCAGUUACACAUAAUGGUCAUAAUACAUGGAAACUUCAUAUAUCACAUGUACAAUUAAAUGAUUCUGGCAGUUAUAUGUGUCAAGUUAAUACAGAUCCAAUGAAAAGUCAGUCUGGAUAUCUAAAUGUUGUUGUCCCACCUGAUAUAUUAAGUUCACCAGAUUCAAAUGGUGCUGGUGCUGGUGCACAUGAAGAAGGAAUAACAAAUGAAGGUGGAAUAAUAUUAUUAAUUUGUAGUGCUACUGGUGUACCAGAACCGACAGUAAUGUGGCGACGUGAAGGUGGUAAAGAUAUUGUUUUAAGACAUGAAACAAGAGAAAAACAAGCUGUGAAAACUGUUGAAGGAGAACGUUUAUAUUUAACAAAUGUUCAACGUACCGAUAUGGGAGGAUAUUUAUGUAUAGCUAGUAAUGGAGUACCACCAUCUGUCAGUAAACGUUUUGAUGUACAUAUUAAUUUUCCGCCAUCUGUUAAAGCUAUUAAUGAAUUGUUAGCUGCACCUGUUGAAAGAUCAGUUACAUUAGAAUGUAUUGUUGAAGUGUAUCCAAAACCAUUAAAUGGAUGGUAUAAAAAUGAAGGAAAUAUUAAAUUACAUGAUGGGCCAAAAUAUAACAUAUCAGAAGCUAUGCUAAAUAUGUAUACGUGGCAAUUAAAUUUGACAAUUAGAAAUUUACAAAAAAAUGAUUUUGGUGCGUAUAGUUGUUCAAGUGUUAAUGCUUUAGGCAAAAGUGAAGCUUUAAUUCGAUUGCAAGAACUUCGAUUACCACCAAAACCAACAACAACACCAACACCCUAUAUAACAACACAAAAACCACGUCGUAAGACUGUAACAAAUCACAAUAAAAAUAUUAACGAAGUUGUAAGAGUUAAGGAGACCGCAAUUACAAAUCACAUAUUGGAGAAUGAUGUCUUAAAUAGCUAUCCGGAAGUACAUACACCACUUACACCAUCAAGAAAUGGUUAUGAAAAAGCAAGAAAUUCACAACAACCUCCUGCUGUUGUACCAUCACCUCUAUCACCAUGGGUUAUAAUGAAUGGUACCCAGAUGCAAAGUUGUGACAAUUUUACAACUAUUACGACAUUUUUAUUUUUACUACUUUACUGUUACAAAUAUAUAUUAAAUGAGAUGGUUCUGACGUAGGGAAUAAACAUCACAAACAAUACAACGCAAUAACAUACAAAUGCAUGAUGUCGUCACAAUAGAAGAAUUAAAUAGAACAAAUGGACGAAAUUAUUGUUUUUUUUUUUUGUUAUUAAUUUUAUUAUUAUUAAAGGUAAAUUGUUUUUUAUAUUGAAAAAAUUUAAUUUUAAGUAAAAAACUAUAUGGUAUAACAAUAUUCUAGAACAAAAUUUAUUUAAUAACAAA